AUGGGAAUUCAUGAAAGGCAUUUACUUUGUUUGAGCAAAAAUUUAGAGAAUUUAGAGAAAAGUUAUUGGCAUGAAAAUUGUUUAACAUGUGUAAAAUGCAAUAAAAAUGUUGGGAACGAUAAUAAAUGUUUUGUUCAUGACGGUAGAAUAUUCUGCACUGAAGAUUAUUCUAUGCUUUUUGGCCCCAAUGCCCAGGCAACAUGUACUCGUUGUGGCCAAUCUAUAACACCUACAGAACUUGUAUACAGAAGUGCAGGCAUUUUUGUUUACCAUCUAAAUUGUUUUACAUGUUUUUGUUGUGGACAACAAUUAACAUUAGGGGAACAAUAUAUAAAUGUUGGGGGACAAUUAAUUUGUCAACGGGAAGUUAAUUUAUGGAGAUUGCAACAACAACAACAACAACAACAACAUUUGGGUAAUUUAAUGUUUUUAUGUAAAAUUGUGUUUCUUUCCGGAAAAACAUUAAAGAAAAAUACAAAAUCUUCCGGAAAAACACAAAACUUUACUUUCCGGAAAACAAAUACAAACAAAUACAUUUUUAAAAAACACAAAACAUAUUCCGGAAAAACAUUUUUAAACUUUAAAGCACAACAACAAACAAAUUUCCUACCUAUUCCACCAUUUCCAGAACUAGAAUUUAAUCUACAAAGACAAAACUAUAAUAAUCGACCUCAUCGUCGACAUCGUGACAGAUCAAAAAAGAUACCAAAAAGACCCAGAACAAUUCUGAAUGCACCACAGAGGAAAGCUUUUAAAUAUGCUUUUGAGAAAGGACAGAAACCAACAAGAAAAGUAAGGGAACAAUUAGCACGUGAAACAGGCCUAAGUGUUCGUGUUGUGCAAGUAUGGUUUCAAAACCAGAGGUUUUCCUUUUGA